UCUUUGUUAUCUCCCUCUCUCUCUCUUUAAGCAUCUUCUCUUCAUUUUCUGCAACGUCUGAAUGUUUAAUCUCCUAAACAAUUAAUUAAGAAUAUCAACAUUUCUAGAUACUCACCACCGGCAUUCAUCCCCAGCUCUUGAAAAAUUUGUUCUGAAGAGUUGCUUACUCAAGAAUACGAAACGAAAAGCGCGAGCUUUUGGAUGGCGUUUUCUGGCGGGCUGUCGUUUGUUUUUGUAACAGGAACAUUCAUUUUGUUUCUGGCUCUGAAGAGUGCAGAAGGAGGAACCCAAUUUGUAAGAAAAGUGUUUAAUGUUAAGAGCUCAAAACAUGAUGCAUCUCACUUCUAUUUUGAUACUUUGCCUAACAACGGGAAGCAUUCCGUCUCAAAGCCAAGGCCACGUGUUUUCAACGUGAGAUAUUUUGGAGCUGUUGGAGAUGGUUGGAACGAUGAUACAGCUGCAUUCACAAUGGCAUGGAAAGCGGCUUGUGAGGUCCGAUCGGGCGUUGUUUUGGCUCCUGAAGGUUAUAUCUUCAUGAUCAAUCCAACAACUUUCUACGGCCCUUGUAAACCAGGCUUAACAUUCCAAGUGGACGGAGUUUUGAUGCCCCCGGAUGGACCGUAUUUCUGGCCGAAAUCUGUUAGUAUGGCACAGUGGCUUGUGUUUUUUCAAGUUGAUAGAAUGACCCUUACAGGCGAUGGAAUCAUUGAAGGAAAUGGAGAUAAAUGGUGGGAGCUCCCAUGCAAACCUCAUCGGGGUCCUAAUGGAACGACGUUACCCGGACCUUGUGAUAGUCCUGCAUUGUUGAUGUUCUUCUGGAGCUCAAAUUUACAUGUCAGUAAUCUGCACAUCAGAAACAGUCCUCAAUUUCACAUGAAAUUUGAUAACUGUACAGAAGUGGUCAUUCGAAACAUCUCCUUAGAUUCCCCUGCAUUAAGUCCAAACACAGAUGGAAUCCACAUAGAGCAGACGAAGUCUGUUGGUAUUUACGACACCAAUAUCGCAAACGGUACGGAAAAAAAAUCAAACUCCCUAACAAAUUUCAGUACUUUUUUUAUGCAAGUUUCCUUCGUGAUCCUAUUUCCUUUUGGAACAGGUGAUGAUUGCAUUUCAAUUGGAGCUGGUUGUACGGACGUUGACAUCAAGAACAUCACCUGCACGCAUAGCCAUGGAAUAAGUAUUGGAAGCCUUGGAGCAGAGCAAAAUAGACGGGCUUGUGUCUCGAACAUAACAGUCAGAAAUGUAUACAUGAAAGAUUCAGAUAAUGGUGUAAGGAUCAAGACAUGGCAAGGCGGCUCCGGCUCCGUCUCUGGAGUAACAUUCCAGGACAUAGAAAUGGAUAAUGUUAGAAACUGCAUCAUCGUUGAUCAGUACUAUUGCCUUGCCGAAGAAUGCCAGAACAAGACGUCGGCCGUGUUUAUCAACGACGUCUCUUACAUUAAUAUAAAAGGAACUUACGACGUGAUAACUAAACCGGUGCACUUCGCGUGCAGCGACACUGUACCGUGUAUGAACAUAACAAUAUCAGAGGUCAAUCUUCUGCCAUCUGAAGGAAAGAGUGAGAUUGACCCAUUCUGUUGGAAUGUGUACGGAAGACUAGAGACUGAAACAGAACCUCGAAUAAGAUGUUUACAAGAAGGAGAGCCUGACUCAGUUUCAGAGAGAUUCCGCGAUGUUUGUUAAAGAAAUCACACUCUAUACGAAGAAUAACCGAAAGCUGAAUAUUGUACAGGUGCCCAUGAGCCACUCAUACAAUUUUGCUAUUUUUGUUCCUAUUUAUAUAUACUUCUCAUUUCUUAUAGCUGCUGGUUACUUGCAAGAGCUAGUCAGUUUGAUUGUUAGCACUUGCAAGAUCUUAUUGUGAUAGCUUCAUAACGUGCGUAGCUGCAAGAUCUGUGCAGUUGCUGUAAUUUGGAAUGUGUGUAAUGUGGAUAAUCCAGAUACAACAUGUGUAGAAAAUUAUC